GGAGCAGUUUCAGGAGCAAAGGCAGCUAGCUUCAAGCUCCCCCUAUUCGCUGAGUGACUGGGAUGGCCCAGGACAGGGCAGACAGACAGGUCUGGCAAGUUCCGUGGUUUUUGUACUCAGGAUUACCUCACACAUCCCAACCUGGUUUCCCCGCCCCCAUUUGGUGGGGGCCAGCCCUCAGCCUCGACCUCCUUUUCCCCACAUGCUGGGGGAGCCUCGGGCCAACAUGGCUCUUCUCCUCGACAGCAGCUGAGACUGGAAGGCUCAUCCCUCCGAGGCCAUGGAAAGGGACAGCUGCUGGAACACCUCCCCUGCACGGACACCUCCAGCCCAGGCCUCACCAGCAAGGACACCUCCAGCCCAAGCCUCACCAGCAAGGACACCUCCAGCCCAAGUCUCACCAGCAAGGACACCUCCAGCCCAGGCCUCACCAGCAAGGACACCUCCAGCCCAAGUGUCACCAGCAAGGACAUCUUCAGCUCAGGCCUCUCCUGCAAGGACAUCUCCAGCCCCAACUUCUUCCACCCGGAAAUCACCUUCCAGGUCAUCGUCUAGCAGGUCAUCUGCCAAGUCAGCCUCCACAACAUCCUCCCCGACAAAAGCAUAUCUUGUUAGAGCAACACCAGUUGCUGUCCCAAUCCAAGCAUCUCCUGCCAGGUCAGCAACAGCUGCCAGGACCACCAGGCAGAGGCUAGGUCUCGGCUUGCCCAAGUUCUCCUGGCAGGAAAGCAAGAAGCAGCUGCCACUCAUUGGGUGCAUCUUCCUCCUCAUUGCCCUCGUGGUCUCACUCAUCAUUCUCUAUGGGGGACGAGAGCCCCAGAGUCCAAGAGGGAUUGCAGUCUUCUUCUGGCAAGGCCACACAGGGAUCAAGUAUAAGGAGGCAGUAGAGAGCUGCCCCAUACAUGCCGUUCGCUGUGAUGGGGUGCUGGACUGCAAGCUGCGGAGUGAUGAGCUAGGCUGUGUGAGGUUUGACUGGGACAAAUCUCUGCUUAAAGUCUACUCUGGAUCCUCCCAUGAGUGGCUUCCAAUCUGCAGCAGCAGCUGGAAUGACUCUGACUCUCAGAAGACCUGCCAGCAGCUGGGGUUUGAGAGUGCUUACCGGACAGCUGAGGUGGCUCACAGGGAUUUUUCCAGCAGCUUCUCAAUCUCUGAAUACAACUCCACCAUCCAGGAAAGCCUCCACAGGUCUGAAUGCCCUUCCCAGCGGUACGUCUCUCUCCAGUGUUCCCACUGUGGACUGAGAGCCAUGACUGGGAGGAUCGUGGGAGGGGUGCUGACCUCAGGGAGCAAGUGGCCCUGGCAAGUGAGUCUGCACUACGGCACCACCCACAUCUGCGGGGGCACACUCAUCGACCCCCAGUGGGUGCUCACCGCUGCCCACUGCUUCUUUGUGACUCGGGAGAAGAUGCUGGAGGGCUGGAAGGUGUAUGUAGGCACCAACAACCUGAAGCAGCUGCCUGAGGCAGCCUCCAUCGCCCAGAUCAUUAUCAAUAGCAAUUACACCGAUGAGCAGGAUGACUAUGACAUUGCCCUCAUGAGGCUCUCCAAGCCCUUGACCCUAUCCAGUAAGCAAAUUGGGGCCCCCUCUCUCUUCUCUGGUAUCAUCAGCAGCCCUUGGACUUGGCAAUGCCCUGUUGACCCACCUCAGGGCCCCAGAGUAUCAGCAUAGUAAAAGUCAAAGACCUUUAGAGAUUCUUAAAUGGAACACUUCUAUUUUACAAUUGAGGAAACGGAGGCCUAACGAUUAGAAAUAAGUUUGCCCCAAAUGACACAUCUCAUGUUACAAAUUGAUGUCAGAGCCAGGGCUUGGAUACUGCUUUUAAUCAGUAUAAAUACACUGAUCCCCACCGCCAUAGUAGCUUAGCACUUAACAGACACCAGAGACUGUGAUAGACGUUUGACAAAUAUGAUUGACUUACUCUUCACAAUCAACCUUAUGGAGCAUGUCCUAUUAUUAUUAGCUUCAUUUGGCAUAUGAGGAAGUGGAACUUUAGAAAGAAAUAAUUACCUGAGGCCAUGAGCGAUAGGUGGCAGGUCCAGGAUGGGAUCCAGGUUAAUCUGAUUUCCAACCAAUGCUCUUCCCACUUGCCUCUGGACUGGCCAAUUGUAUACACUGCAAUGAAGAAGUGAACCAAGUACAUAUUCAAUUAACUAACUACUCCAAAGUUGGAGUGAAUGAGGCUAUUCCAUGAUAAUACUGGGGAAGUUCUCAGAUCACUGUACCAAAGAAGGCUGCGUUCAUUCAUUCACUCAUGUACUCACUCAUCAAAUACCACUUCUGUGGCUGUAAUGGCAAAUAGAACAAAAUGAAUAAUAUACACCUAGAAAACUGAAAGAGGCCAAUGAUGGCAUGCUGGGGAGCUGGGAGAGUUGUGGAGGCAUAGAUGGGGCCCCUGAAUCAUUCUUGGCAGGGUGAGGGAGGCUUCCCCAGAGAGGAUAGCUAAGGUGGGUUCUGAAAGAACUAGUGAAGGCAGGUAAAAGGGAGGGAAGGUCAGGAGGGACCCUGAAGAAUGGAGUUAGGCAACGUUGCAUGCUUCAGAGGAUCAGGAAGCCUUGGAGGACUCUCUGGUUAGUCCUGCCUUCCCUGUGUUCUAAGCCUAUGAGCUUGUGUUUCCUGGCACAUUCAUUUUGGAGGUGGUGUUUGUCACGUGUCAUACAGUUAGCUCAUCUGAGUUGAGUGAGGAGGAGGAUCCCUGGCAGAGCUGGAUGGCUGGCCCACAACUUCAUCUACCAGAGGCCCCACCAAUAAGCCACUCCUACUCAAGCCACGCCUUCUGCCCCUCCAGCCCUGUCUGGGGAGCCAGGGGCUAAGCAGGGGAAAGGGUACCUGGUGCCUCCUGCCCUGCCACUUACGCACACAUACAAGGGGACAGUCUGUAGCACCAGACAGGCCUUCAACCUACAAAACUCAAAUUACAUUUGGCUAAACAUCUGAGUCUUACGUCUCAUUCUCCCUUGGGUUCUUAAUGUUAUUGGAAUCCCAAAAUAAAUCAAGUAAUUUCUAAAGCCAGUGAAAGCUAUUAUAAUAUCUCAUAAGCUUUUCAGAUGGUGGCAGUCCCUCUUCAGGCUCUGAAUAGGAAGCAGACCCUUAGUCUGAGAAUUGCAGAUGAAAUCCUGUGAUCAGAUCAUUUGUCCUAACUUUUGGUUUACAAAUCAGGGCAAAUUUUUCUUAAACUGAGUUGGCAGGCCAAACACCUUGAAGUCACAAUACUUUCUGAGAAAACUUGUGAAAACUCACUGAUAAAUUUAAUUCAUCUAUAAAAACAAGUGGAAUAUAUAACAAUGGGACAUACAAUAAUGUUACACAUUUGAAAGAUUUUAUAUAUUAAAAAUGAGCAUAGAAAAGAAUGUUCUGCAGUUUUGUUAAUAAUUUAUGUUAUCCCUUCAUUGAUUUGUGUAUUUACUCUUUAGCAGACAAUAUGUGGUAGACAACAUUUAAAGCCCAAUUUGUGAGAAAAGACUUUAAUAUUCAUUCAUUCUUCCCUCCCUCCUUUCUUUCCUUUCUCUCUGACUCUGUCUUUAAAUGUUCAGUGAGCACUUAAUAUGGGUCAGGCACUAUUCUAGGAUGCUUCAGGUAAACAUAACAAAUGACUGAGAAAACUGGAAAAUUCUAUCUAAUAAUAUUUUCUUGCAAAUGAAUUGCAGUGGUCAGUGCCUUAGUCCAUCUUGGGGCACCAGGCUACAGAGGGUGCCUAUGAAGCAUUAUUCGACAGCACCUUCAAAAUACUGCUGAGUGCGAGAGCAAGUUAGCAUGGCUUUGUAAUCUGUGACUCCAAGAAUGUGCUUUUCCUGCUUGGAGAGGUUUCUCACUCUGUGCCAAGUAAACAUUUGGAGAGACAGCCGUGGGCUCUGGCCAGUCAGCUGGUGUCCUCCCAGAUCAGCCUGUGCACACUGUGAGACGCCAUGGCCCUAACAUCUUGGACUGAGCUUGCUGCUCUCCCUUAGUCUGAGAUAAAGGCAUGGAAGAGGCCUAGCCAGUGUAGUGACUGUAGGUGGGGAGAGACCUUCAGCUGCUCAGUAUCAUUUUGGCCUAAGAAAGCUUCCAGGGCUAUGGACCUGCCUACAUGGCCACCACUGAAAUCAGAAUGGCUUUGAGGAGUUUAGCAGCACCCAACAACUGGUAGUUUUAGAUAAAGUGAUU